AUGGUGUGGGCCGCCGCGAAGGACACCUUGAUCGCGGGUUUUGACACCCGGGCCGAUCGCCAGCAGGUAUUGCGGAGCUUCAGGACGACGCAGCUCAGAGUUGGCUUGGAAACCUUGUCGCAUGCGGUGGCCCUGCGCGUCCUAUUGAAUCGAGCGCUCCCAACAUUGGAUGAUGUCGCGCGUUUGGAUGGACUGCUCGAACGCUUCAUGGAGAACCUGCCAGAGCACUUGCGGGAGAAGGCAUGGAUAGUUAAUGCCGAGAAGACCAUAGAUGUGGAAUUAUGA